AAUGGAUUAGUUGAUGUUUGGAGGUUGGUGUUGCAAAAGAACGUAUAAAAAGGAUGGGUGAGGAAGACAACUUCUGGGCCAGUGGGGUCACUGGUCCUUGUGGUCCAUGCUCUGAGAUCUACUAUGAUUUCCAUCCAGAAAGAGGUUACUCAAAUGUUGAUUUGGGUGACGAUACUAGGUUUAUUGAGUUCUACAAUCUUGUCUUCAUGCAAUAUAAUAGAAAGGAUGAUGGUUCCCUUGAACCCUUAAAACAGAAGAAUAUAGAUACAGGCAUGGGUCUUGAGCGUGUGGCACGAAUACUUCAGAAGGUUCCAAACAAUUAUGAGACAGACUUGAUGUUCCCCAUCAUAGAGAAGGCAUCUAAAUUGGCGAAGGUUUCUUAUGCUAAUGCAGAUGAUGAUACAAAAACUAAUCUUAAAAUAAUUGGAGAUCAUAUGCGUGCGGUUGUUUUUCUAAUAUCAGAUGGUGUUUUCCCAUCCAAUAUUGGAAGAGGUUAUGUUGUUAGAAGACUUAUAAGAAGAGUUGUUCGUAUUGGUAGAUUACUAGGCAUAAAGGGUGAUGGUGACCAAAACCCUGAAGGAGCUUUUUCGCCAGUUCUUGCAGAGUCAGUAAUACAACUAAGUGCCCAAAUUGAUCCACAUGUAAAAACAAGGACACCACGUAUUCUUGAGGAGCUAGAAAGAGAGGAACUUAGGUUUGUUCAGACUUUAGAGAGAGGAGAAAAGCUUCUAGAUGAGUUUUUGUCAAAUGCCUUGUCUUUCAGCCCUGAAAAUGGAGACAGGCCUCAGCUUUCUGGUAAAGAUGCAUUUCUUUUAUAUGAUACAUAUGGAUUUCCUAUAGAAAUAACAACAGAAGUUGCUGAGGAGAGAGGUGUGAGUGUGGACAUGAAUGGCUUUGAUGUAGAAAUGGAAAAACAAAGACAGCAAUCUCAGGCAGCUCACAAUGUUGUCAAACUUUCAGUUGGAAGUGACAGUGAACUUGCAAGUAAUAUUCCUGAUACUGAAUUUUUGGGGUAUGAGACACUUUUUGCAAGUGCCACCAUAAAGGGCUUAUUGGUGGAUGGAAAUUCGGUACAAGAGGUUUCUGAAGGUAAAGAUGUGGAAAUUAUGUUGAACAGGACCCCGUUUUAUGCUGAAUCAGGUGGUCAAAUAGGUGACAAUGGUUUUCUAUACUCCUUUGAAGAUGAAGAUGGUACACAGAAAACUAUUGUUAAAAUAACAGAUGUGCAGAAGUGUUUUGGUAAUGUAUUUGUUCACAAGGGCAUGAUUAAAGAGGGGAAAAUUGCAGUGGGCUUGGAAGUGGAUGCUGCUGUUAAUGCAAAGCUGAGGCAAGGAGCUAAAGUUCAUCAUACUGCAACUCAUUUACUACAAGCUGCACUUAAAAGUGUAAUUGGGCAGGAAAUUUCGCAGGCUGGUUCCUUGGUGGCAUUUGACCGUCUCCGAUUUGAUUUUAACUUCCAUCGUCCGCUCUUAGAACACGAGCUAAUUGUGAUUGAAGAAUUGAUUAACGGAUGGGUAGCUGAUGCUACACAUCUCCAAACAAAAGUGAUGGCUUUGACAGAUGCUAAGAGAGCUGGCGCAAUUGCAAUGUUUGGCGAAAAAUAUGGAGAGCAGGUCUGUCAUUUCUCAGUAACUUUCUUAUGCACUUUUGAUUUUCACUGCUUUCUGCUUAAAAAAAAUUGCUUGUUACCCAUGAUAAAGAAUGACACUACACAUAAAUAUACUCAUUUUCGCUUCAUAUAUAUGUUGAGAUGAAGUUAAGCUUGAGCU